CAGGAGGGUUGAGCCAGCGGACACAGAGGGCCUUCUAUCCCACCGAGCCCUGGAAGAGAGUAUUUUUCCGCUCCUUCUUCAUCCCCAGCUCCAACCAUGUACUCUGCUGGCCUGGAGAUCCUCGGGAUGAUCCUGGCCGUGGCCGGCUGGCUGGGGGUGAUGGUGACCUGCGGCCUGCCCAUGUGGCGGGUCGCUGCCUUCAUCGGGCAGAACAUUGUCAUCUCUCAGGUGAUCUGGGAGGGCUUGUGGAUGAACUGUUCAGUGCAGAGCACGGGACAGAUGCACUGCAGGGUGCACGAAUCCAUGCUGGGGCUGCCGGUGGACCUGCAGGCAGCUCGUGCCUUGGUCAUUGUCUCCAUGGUGCUGUCUAUAGUGGGCAUCGGCCUGUCGGUGGCUGGGGCCAAGUGCACCAACUGCAGCCGGGACGUGAGCAGCAAACCGCGGCUCAUGGUGGCUGCUGGAGUGACCUUUGUGGUGGCGGGGCUGCUGCUGCUGGUGGCCGUGUCCUGGACAGCCAACGCCAUCGUGCUGGGCUUCUACGACCCCAUGCUGGAGGAGACGGGGAAGAGGGAGUUUGGUAAUGCUCUGUACUUUGGCUGGGCUUCCUCCUGCCUCCUCAUCCUGGGGGGAGCCCUGCUCUGCUGCUCCUGCCCAGCUCCAGCAGCGACUAUUGGUGGCUCCAUGCCCCAUCGGGUGGACUACUCAGCUGUCAAGACUAUGUCCGUCAAUGGAUACCCCAGAAAAGACUAUGUAUGAACAUGUGACAUGUCGCAGAUGAAUAUAAGACGACUCGUGUUAGCCUAUUUGUCCACAGCAGACGGAUGUUAAUGCUAUCAUGGGCUUUGGCACUAAGUACGAACCACUGAUGCUAUAAAACAUGUUUUAUAUGUGUUUUGUUUUUUUUACUGUCGAGAUGGGCAUCUUAAAUUGGUUUUAAUAUUUUAUUUCAAAUAUUUAUACAUUUUAGUGGUUCUUUUUCUAAGAUUAUGAUGAUGUCUGAUUUU